AUGCCCGUUCCAUUUAUAUAUGUUCUAAGGGUAUUUACCAAGUUGGAUUUAACCCAGGCUUAUCAACAAGUAGAGUUGGAUGAGGAAUCAAAGUUACUUGUCACAAUAGCAACUCAUAAGGGGUUAUUCAAAAGUAAUCGUUUAAGUUAUGGUGUAGCGUCAGCACCAGGGUUAUUCCAGCGUGAAAUGGAUAUAAUUUUUCAGGAUUUGGAUAAAGUGGCUAUUUUCUUCGACGAUUUAGUAGUUACAGGAGCUACUCGUGAAGAGCACGAUAGAAAUUUAACGUGUGUUUUGAAAAGGUUACAAGAUUGUGGUUUAACGCUAAGUAAAGACAAGUGUGCGUUUGCACAAAGUAAUAUAAAAUUUUUAGGAUUCGAGUUAAAUGCACAGGGCAUACAGGCGUCGAGUAAAAAGGUUGACGCAAUAGUGAAUAUGAAAAAACCUGAUAAUUUGACAGAACUUAAGUCAUUUCUGGGUAUGAUUAAUUAUUACUCAAAAUUCAUUAAAGAUUAUUCUGAUUUGUUGAGCCCAUUGUAUAAACUUCUUAGGAAAGAUAAGAAAUGGUGUUGGGCAAAGGAACAAGAGUUAGCUUUUAAAAAGGCAAAAGAGCGUUUAGCAUCUAGGGAGAUUUUGAUACAUUAUAGUUCAGAUUAUCCCCUGAAGAUUACGUGCGAUGCGUCUCCUGUUGGUUUGGGGGCGGUAGUGUCGCAUAUUCUCCCAGAUGGAUCGGAUAGGCCGAUAGCUUAUGCAUCAAGGGUUUUGUCAGUAGCUCAAAGAAACUAUUCGCAGUUGGAUAGAGAAGCAUUAGCUCUUGUUUUCGGAGUAAAAGCAUUUCAUCAGUAUGUCUAUGGACGUAAUUUUAUUUUGGAAACAGAUCAUAAACCGCUUACAUAUAUUUUUGGUCCGAAGAAAGGUAUUCCACAGAUGGCGGCUAAUCGAGUACAAAGAUGGGCAGUGAUUUUAGCAAGUUAUGAUUUUAUAAUUAAGUACAUUAAAGGUCAAGAUAACGGUCCUGCCGAUGGUUUAUCGAGAGUUAGUAUGAAGGAUACUAGUCAAGCGACUGAUUCAAAAGAUUUACAGGUUCAUAAUUAUUUAAAGGCAAUAAGUGAAGAAUUGCAAAAUUUGGAUAGUAAGGCGGUUCGUAAGGGAACUAGCAAAGAUGCUCUCUUGAGUAAAGUCAGAAAUUUUGUUAUGCAGGGAUGGCCUGAUAAAGUAGAAAAAUGUUUUGAACCUUUUAAGAGUCGUCGUUUAGAGUUAUCGGUGGAGGAUGGAUGUAUAAUGUGGGGUUAUCGCGUUGUUAUUCCCCCGUCCUUAAGAGCGGAAUUGCUUGUGGAGUUGCAUGGAAUUCAUUUAGGGGUAGUUAAAAUGAAGGCGUUAGCUCGAUCUUAUUUUUGGUGGCCAGGUCUAGAUAAGAAUAUAGAGGAGAUCACUAAAAGUUGUAAAGGGUGCUUAGAGAGCGCCGAUGAUCCUCCUAAAAGUACAUUGCAUGUUUGGAAAUGGCCUCAAGGGCCAAACCAUCGUAUACAUUUAGAUUUUUAUGGACCAAUAGGGGGCCAUAUAUAUUUAGUUAUAACAGACGCUUAUUCAAAAUGA